AUGGUGACUCUAGACUGUGUGAUUAUGCGCGGUGUGCCACAGCUGGACGCGAGGGGCGGGUGCUGCCCUGUGAUUAAGGUAUAUGGGCGCGAUCCUGGCCUGCCGGAGAGCCGAGACUCGGGGCUGCUGUUCCUGAGCGCGAGGCACGGGGUGAACCGAGCCAAGUACUACCUGCAGAGGGAGGCCGAAGUGGUGAAGAUGGACGUGAUGGCGGUGGUGCAGGGCGACGUGGUGAUAGAGUGCGUGCAUGUGGACAUGGAGGGGGGAGGCAGCGAGCACAUGGUGUGGCGAGCGAUGUUCAACACAGCCCAUGUGCGAUCCAACAUGCUCGUGCUCUCCCGAGACGACCUCGACAUUCUCUGGAACGCACGCGAGCGCUUCACACAGGAUUUCAGAGUGGAGAUCCUUCUGACAGACCGCGAGUCCAAGAUCCUUCUGACAGACCGCGAGUCCAAGGUACCGCCUCCCCCGGCUGCCACCUCCCUGGCUAAAGACGCCUUUUGUGACCCACGUUCUGUGCUGCCCUUUCCCAACCCGCCCUCCCUCCAGAUCCUUCUGACAGACCGCGAGUCCAAGGUACCGCCUCCCCCAGCUGCCACCUCCCUGGCUGCAGACGACUAUGGCGGUCUACCCCUGGACUCCUUCCUGAAGCUCAAGGAGGCCUUUGAGGACUCUGCCUGGUCGCAGGACGACAGCUCGCGCGCCCUAGAAGAGAUCCGCCACACCAUCUACGCCGCAGCCAGCACCAAGAGACGAAACCGCCGCAGCGGAGGCUCGGGAAGCAGAGGGUUGCGGGUUCGAACACGGGUGCCGGCGGGUGGGAAGUGGGGCCCGGGAGGGGCGGGGUUUGCAGGGGAUAUGCUAGAUGAUAGUGACUAUGCAUCGGAUUUAGACUCGGCUGAUACUUCCCCGACGUUUUCGAGUGAGGAGGAAGGUGGGAUCGGAGUGUGUGUUGCCGCCGGGUUGCUGUUUGCGGAGCAGACUUAUACGGAGGAGGAGGGGUUGACGAGGAGAGAGAGGGCGAGUGCGGGUGAUUUGAAGAUGCUUUGGCUGGAUUUGGCGAAUGGGCCGUCGUUGUUUUGGAAUGAGUGGGAUCCGGAGCUGAAUCCAGUUCUGGGGAAGCUUUUAAGGAGGAUGUCGAAGCGAGUGCCGGGGUUUAAGUUGCCCGAGAUGGGGUUGCUGGGGCAGAAGGGGGCGGACCACCUCCUCCUCCCCCGCCCCCAGGGGGAAAAGGCCCUCCAGGCCCUCCCCCUCCCCCGGGUUCAAGGGGAAAGGUCCCCCUCCGCCCCUGGGUUCAAGGGGCCCCCUCCCCCCGGGUUCAAGGGGGGGUUUGCGCCUGCUGCGCCCCCCCCUAAGAAGAAAACCCCCCUGAAGGCGUUUUUCUGGGGGAAGGUGACGCGCGUGGUGGAGGGGAACAUGUGGGCGGAGGUGCAGAAAGAAGAGCAGGUGGCUGCUACCCCCAGGUUGGACCUGGAGGCGCUAUACCCGGAGCUGGAGGAUUUGUUCUCUGCCGCCCCUCCCCCCAAGAAAAAAGACACCGGGCCCAAGAAGGAGGCCAAGCCUCAAGCCCUCACUCUUAUUGAUAUGAAGCGCGCCAACAAUUGCAUGAUUAUGCUCUCCAAUAUGAAGCACCUCAAGUACCCUGAGAUUGUGGACGCCAUUCUAGCGCUGGACAGCAAGGUGCUGGAUGCAGAGAAGGUGGAUGCUCUGCUUAAGUUCUGCCCCACCAAGGAAGAAGGGGAGAUGAUCAAGGGCUGCGGCAUGCCGCCAGACAAGCUGGGCAAGUGCGAGCAGUUCUUUUUAGAGAUGCUGCGAGCACCGCGUAUCGAAGCCAAGCUGCGGAUCUUUGAGUUCAAGCUGUCGUACGACCAGCAGGUCAAGGACGUGCAACGCAAUCUGGACCUCGUGCAUAAUGCCUGUAAGGAGGUGCGGGAGUCCAAGAGGCUGAGGCGCAUAAUGCAGACCAUCCUGUCGCUGGGGAACGCGCUCAACCAGGGCACUGCUAGGGGUUCCGCUGUGGGCUUUAAGCUGGACAGUCUGCUGAAGCUCACGGACACCAAGACGCGCAACAACAAGAUGACCCUCAUGCACUACCUCGCCAAGGUGCUCACGGAGAAGCUCCCUGAGCUCGCCUUGUUCUGGGAGGAGCUGCCGUCCCUUGAAGAUGCCCACAAGAUCCAAGUGAAGCAACUGGGGGAAGAGAUGCAGCAGCUGAACAGCGGCACCACCAAGCUGGAGCGCGAAAUGGUGGCAUCGGAGAAGGACGGGCCUGUCUCUGAGAACUUCAGAAAGGCGCUGAAAGAGUUUGCAGAGGAGGCCACAAGUGGAGCCAAGAAGCUGGCUGCUCUCUAUGCUGACGUGUCUAAGGCCACAGAUGGGCUCUCGAGAUAUUUUGGAGAAGACCCAAACAAGUGCCCCUUCGAACAAGUUGCCACCGUGCUGCACAAUUUCGUGCAGUCUUUCAAAAAGUCUCAAGACGAGAACAUCAAGAAUGCUGAAGCAGAGAUAAAGCGGAUUGAGAAGGAGAAGAAAAAGGAGGCUGAGGAGAAAAAGAAGAAGGAACUGGAGGAGAAGAAAGCAGCUGAAAGGGCUGCGAAAGCAGAAAAGGAGAAAGCAGCACAGGAGGCGAAAGCAGCAAAGGAAAAGGAGGGAGGAGGGGGGGAGGGAGCGGAGGGGGGAGGGGAUGAGAAGAAGGAUGAGGAGAAGGAAGGAGAGGGGAAGAAGGAGGAGGGGAAGGAGGAGGGGAAAAAGGGGCCGGUUAACAUGCUUGCUGCUAUUAAGAAGCGUCACGUGGCGAAUGAUGACGAUGAUGAUGAUAAGAAGGACGAGAAGAAGGAUGAGAAAAAGGAUGAGAAGAAGGAUGAGAAGAAGGAUGAGAAAAAGGAUGAGAAGAAGGAUGAGAAGAAGAGUGGUGAAGGGAAGGAGGGAGCGAAGGAGGGAGCUAUGGAAGGGGGGAAGGAGGAGGCAGGGAAGGAAUCGGAGGUGAGUGAGGAGGAUUCGAGUAGUGAUGACGAUGAUAGUGAGAGUGAGAGUGAAGAGGAGGAGGGGGCAGGAGACAAGCCGGCAGAAGGGGCAGCAGCGGCAGCAGGGGCAGCGGCAGCAGGUGGUGCAAAGGAGGGAGGAGCAGCAGCAGCGGCGGCAGGAGAGGAAGGGGCGAAGGAGGGGGGGAAGAAAAAGGUGGUAAAGAAAGUAGUGAAGAAAGUAGUUAAGAAAAAGAAAGCUGCGGAAGGGGAGGGGGCGGCUGAAGGGGAGGCGGGUGAGGGGAAGAAAAAGAAAGUUGUGAAGAAAAAAGUGGUGAAGAAAAAGGAUGGGGCUGCUGGGGAGGGUGCGGAUGGGGCGGAGGGAGGUGGGGAAAAGAAGACUGUUAAGAAGAAAGUUGUCAAGAAAAAGGCUGCGGCCGAUGCGACUGCUUGA